CGUCGUGCGGGAAUGUGUGAAUUCGAUUUUAAGUUCGUUUUGUUAACUUAAUUUAUUGCCCUUUAUAUAUUGGUGUCACGGUAUCUGAAAUGUUUGUAGUGCUCGGCGUGUUUUUUCUUGACAGACUGAAUUGUGCGUGCCUCCUGUGUCUACACAAGUUGUUAUUCGUUUUACUCUUCGAACAUUGUGUCAAACUGAAUGAGAACGGUUGUGAUAACUUUAGUGAUUACUUUGUAGUAAAGAGUAGAGUAGUGUUCUGUGAUAUGCCGAAGAUUUGUGAUCUUCUGUUUACAACGAAUGUCGCAAUAGUGUUUUCAGCCCAUGAGUCGUGUAGACUCGAAGGCAAAUAAGUGUUUUGUGUUCCCAACGUUAUGACGGCAGUUAGUAUGCUGUCACAGUGGUUUUACGUUUUCAUUUACAUCGCCGCUAACAUAAAAUACUGAUCAACGAAAGCGAGGCCUUAGUUACUACUACUAGAAGACCACAUCAACGAAGCAAUAAUGGGUUAGACUAACUAUAUGUACAUAUAUAAACAGAAAUAUAUUUUUGCGUCAUAACUUCUAACGUGCUGUAGCAUGCAGUUUCUGUUUACAUAAUUUCAAUUCUUGAAUGGUGAUUGAAUACCACACACAAGUGUUCUAGAGAAGAAUGAUACAUAAAAUGGCUGAACCUGCCAAGGUGUGCUGUUUACUGAAGUAACGUGGCUGAAAUGGAUGAUGGAUCACAAAAACUGCUGGAUGUAAUUGAUGAUCCAACAGCUCUCGAGUCAUUUUUGGGAAUUGCAGCUGCAGGGGGUGCUUCAGGUGCCAACAGUAACCUCUCUCGGUCAGUUGCUGCACCAGUCCCCGUGUCGACGCAACAUUUUGUCCUCACUCCAAUUUCACAUUCGCCACACGCACUUCCGGCAAAUAUUUCUGUUAGUUGCCCUACAUCUCAGACUGUUGUCUCCACUUCACAGUCCCAAAGUUUUAUUUGUACACCAGUUAAGAGUUCGAGCAGUUCUUCGGGAAUUGCAGUUGUAGCUUCCAGCAUAGCUUUUGGGCGUUCAGAAGCUGUUAUCAGUUCUUCCAAUAUAUCCUUUAGUGACUCUUCCAACAACUUGUGCCUGGAAACUUCUGGUAUUCAGAUUGGGAGUUCCAGAAUGCCAUCUGGGCCAUCCGGUGCCCCUGUUGGACCUCCAGCACUCGCUCAAGCGGUUUCUGCAAGUUCAAAUGUUUCCGGAUCCUCUAGCAUAGCGACAGUACUUAAUAAUUCGAACAUUCCUGUCGGAUCUAGUGGUGUUUCCAAUAUACUUGUCGGUCCACCCGGUACAGUCUUUACUUCGGCAAAUUUAUCACUCUCACAAAUGACUGUACCUCAAAGCACUACUGCGUCUCCGAGUUCACCGUUCUCCAUUCCUACGAGGUCACCGCACGCACCCCCUACUCCAUCUCCGAGCCCACUUCCGAGGAGAUCACCUGCACCUCAGCACCCUCCGUCACCUGCUCCUUCUCCGUAUCAUGUGCAGCUGCAGUCUCCUCAAAACAGUGCUGCCACAGCGACAGCUGGUUUUGUCCUAUCUGCAACUGCCCCGCAGGCAAAUUUGGUGAAAGACAUUAUCACCAGUUUACCUCUACUACAGCCACCAUCCUUGAAGACUCUACAGGGCUCUAACAUUAAUGCUCCACUGACAGCUGGUAACUACAGUGUAGGGAAUUCUGUAAAAGAGGGUUUCAGGAGUGUGCACCAGCAAACUUCAACUGUCGUUUUACCCCAGAGAUUGUCUGCGGCUACUGGCAACAGUUUGCAGUCCCCGCAAAAUGCGAGUUCUCCACCGUCUGUCCAAUCAUUUGUCAAUCUCCAGACACCGCAGCCUGUUCUGAUAUCCCAGUCUGCGAGCCUGCAGGCUUGCCCGGGCAGCCAGGUGUUGACCCACGGUGCCAAGAACAGCAGUCCUGUCGGUCCAGCCACUAGUGGCAGUGGGCCUCUUACACCAGCUGGGGCUCUCACUCCAGCACCAUCUCCGUCUCCCCAGCAUCGCACUGUGCACAGCCCGGUUAUUAGAUCGACAACACCAACUCCUGUUAUACAUCAGGCAUUGCCAGCAGGCUUAGCAAUACCUGGUGCACAACAGUUUCCCGCAGUGAUGUCGCAGGGCGGUACAGCUGUUCUGCAGACUACCAAUCAUCAGCUAGUUCAGAUCAUUCAUCAGUCCGCUGCUGUGCAAGGUGCAAGCUUUCCAGCACAUACACAGAUUAUAACAACAGGUGGUGCUGCUGCCCCUGUUCACCUUCACUCGGCAGCGGCGGCUGCUGCAGCCAAUGCAGGUGCAGCUGCUGCCGCUGCCAAAACCAAACAGCCACCACAAAUUUUGCCUAAACCACCAGGAACUUCGAGUCUGACUGCAAGUUCGGGACAUGUAAAAAUUCCAAAUGUAGCAACACCACCUCAUCAAGGUUUACAUACACAGAAUCACAGUACAGCAGGAACUCAAGUCGUCAUUGGUCAAACAAAUCAAGCGGCAAUGAUACCAACUGCACAGGGAGGAACUCUGCUACUUAAUCAGGUUCUAAGGCUUGUAGCAGCACAGGGAACAGUGCAACUGCAGUCAAUUCAGACACCUAGUGGUCCCACACUUAUUGCAGUCCCAUCAGGCUCAGCAUUGAGUUUUCAACCGGUGUCUCAACUUACUUCACCACAGCAACCGCAGACUCAGUCACAGCAAACAUCCAAACUAACAAAUCAACAUGUGUCUAUACAGACAUCAAAUACCAUUCUUCCAGCUGUCUUAAAUAAUAUUCCACAAUCCUUCCAACAGAAUACAUCAAGAACAAGUCUCCAGAAUAAUGCAGCAGUUACCAACUUGAACCUUAAUGUGCACAAUUUGAGUCUGAAUGUUACAAAUGCAAAUUCUGCAACGUGCUCUCAUAAUAGUGAUAUUUCAGGAGACUCUUUACCAUCCUGCCAGAGUUGUUCUGUCACUCAGCAGACCCCAAAUAGUUCAAAUAUUGUGUCAGAGUCACCUGUAAAUGUGAACUUGAAUGUUAAUGCAAGUGAAAGUGCUUCGAAGAGGAACUCACCCAGUGGACUUCAUAAUACUUCUGAGGUGGCUAAAGAAAAUAUAGAAACAGUUAAUAUUAGAGAAUCAAAUGGAAACCAAAUGGCGACUCCAACUCCUCUGCCUCUAAACAGGAAAAAGUCUAAGAAGAAGAAAAAGAAAAAUAAACUGGAUUUAGCCAACAUCAUGAAGUUGUCAGGUAUUGGAGAUGAAGAUGAUAUUGCCAUGUAUGAAGCAGAGGAACAGACAAUUACACCGUCGGCUGUUGGUCAUGUUCAUUCAGUUGACCAGUUGCAGUCUGAUAGCACUACUCACCCAUCACAAAUGUUGAACAACAUCCCAUCAGCUCCACAGAUUCCUAUGCAGGCAAAUGGCCAGGCAUCACUACGUGUUUCACUAGAGGACUGUCAGGUAGUGUUCCAGCCAACAUCUGAAACACAGCAGAACUCUCCAUCGGGCUCACCACAUCUUGUGUCCACAGGAACAAAUACUGUCAUGGCACAACCUAGCUCUGUUUCAUCCUCAAGCUUGCCCACAUCUCAAGUAAAUCCUGUUCACUUCGUGACUGCGAGCUACAGUUCGAGUACCUCUCAGAACACACAAACAUCACAGUCUGAAAAGUAUCAAUUACCAGCAAAACAGAAUGAUAGUUGUGUGAGUGGUUUGUAUUCUGACCUGUCUCUAAGAAACCAGCAAAGUAGGGACAUCACCUCUGAAGUUGGAGGCAAUAUAGAAGUAGCAGCAAUAACCAGUGCUUCAAAUCCAGUGACGUGUGAUGCAAUACAAAACAAAUCCAGUGGAAAUGAACUUGAGGAUAUUUUUGUAGGAGUCUCGGUAACAGAUCAGUCUGCUAUUAGUGAUAAAUUAGUUAAUUCUCUUCCAAGCAAUAUGAAUGUAAUUGUUGCAGAUGCUGUCAGUACUGUAAUUCCAGCAGUUACUACAUCAACAAAUACUUUAACUACUGUGACUCGAGAAGCAAGUUCGGCAUCUAGUGCACAGCCAGUUGGAAAAUCGACACAGGUUUUGUGUACGGCAGUGGCUCCCAGUAAUGUAUCUAGCAGAAAUUCACAAAAUGAAAGUGUCAGCAUUUUAAUUGGUGGGAACCCAGCCAUUCCACCUUCAGGUUUCAUAUCACAUUCUGUCAUACCAGCAUCAAGAAAUUGUCUGCCACUAGAGUCCUCAAAAUGUACAGAUGGAGAAACAUCCAAACAGACACUAUCUGCUACUUGUGAUAAAGCUGUAAGUGCAAAUCCUCCCGGAAUCUUUAGUUCUGUCAGCCACAGUACGAGCACUAGUGUAGAACGUGUUGCAACAGGGAAUGCUGCCACGACACAAACAGAAAAUGUAGAUGUAGUUUCAACUUCAUCAGGAAAUACAUUAAUAGGCCCACAGGUACAACUUCAAAAUAGCCAACAGUCUACUACAAAAGUUUCAGAUAGACAGUCUACCUUCUUGCCAGUUUCUUCAUCAGCUAGCACUCAAAACACAUGCAGUGCUCCAAAAACUUAUCCUUCAGUAGAUAAUGCACCAACUAUUUUAGGUCUCCAUGCAUUUCACAGUUUACAAGGUUUAGUCUCAUCUGCAACACCAUUGAUGGCAACUAUUCCACCAAUCACUUCAAAUGCAGCUACAACAAAUUCCAGCUAUGGAGGACCGUUGACAUAUACUGGAGCUGAACCUUUGGUAAUAGCACACCACCAGAGUGGCUUGCCGUCUGUAAUUACAGGACCACAACUGCUACAGUGCCUUCAACAAACACAAGGCCAACAGACAGGUUUAAUUAAUAUGUCACAUUUACAGUUAACACAAAAUGCAAUCAGCAAAGUUAUUGGGAGCUCUACAUCUAGCUUGUCAUUCAAUGCUGGUACGGGAACAAUUUUGAUUGGUGGAAAUCCUGUGGAAAAUUUCACAAAUGCUAGUCAGCCAAAAUCGACAUCUGCCGCUGCAGCAGUUAUAAGCAGUGCAAAAUUUAUUCCUCAACCAUCUGUUCUCCUCCAGCAGUUAAACACUGGCUUACGAAGGUGUUCGAGUGAUUCAAAUUCUUCACUUUCCCUUGGAAGUCCUCCAUCUGUGAUUGGUUUAAUCAGUCAACAGACAGCUUCUCAAACAGAGCAGACUAGUAGUCAGCCUAUAAAAAAGGGCCCAUCACAGGAAUCUAUUGAAACGCAGACUGUCUCAAUAGGAGUGCAAAAUUCUAAUUCAAGCAGUUCCAGUUCAUUACAAGGAUUUCAGAAUACAGUGCUGGAAAGUACAUCUCAUACGAACAAUAACUUUGUUUUGAAUAAAUUUACAAAAUCGGUGCAGUAUAAUAGUAUUCCUAGUGUGUCGCCUACUAUGAGUGCUGCCAAGAAGAAGAAGAAGAGGUAUGAACGAACACCACCAAAAAAUGUCAUGUGUGUGUCAUCAGCAGGAAUUUCAAGCAAUAAUACACUGUCAUCAACAAACUGUGUGAGGAACACUGCUCAACAUGUGGAAAAUGGGAACCGUGUUCUCCUGUCAGUGGAUUCCAGCAGGUGUGUGGUUCAAGAACGAUCUGCAGUGAAACCGUGUGGUAGUCACCCUCUUGUGCCGGGUCAGAAUUUUCAAAAACUCUCUGCAGAACCUGUUUCAUCUUCAUCCUCACCUUCAUAUGUUGUUUCUUCACCCCAGUUCAGUGUUACGUCGAACAUCAGAGCAGCAGUAGUAUCAACAUUGGCGUCCCCCGGCUCGGUGGUGCAGCCAGAACCGUCACACCAUUCAGCUGCGCUUUGUCAGCAAAGCAAUAUUUCUCCUUCCUCCAACAUAAUUCAUAGAAAUUUGUCUCCUGCCAGUGUUAUGUCUAAUGUAAAUAAAAAUAUAUUACAACAGACAAACAUAAUUCCUGCAACAAAUGUAAAUAAAGGUAACAGUCAUUUUACUUCAAGUCAGGAAAUGAGAAAUUCAUCAUCACAUCAAGUUCCGUCCAUUGUACAGACGAGUUUAUCAACGAAUAGUCUGAUGAUAAGCAAUCAGCCUGAAAUUUUACAGGUUUCUUCUAGCUCAGUUACUGUUAUAAGUAAUGGAAUAACAAGCACAUCUGAAAUUGCUCAAAGGAAGCAAGGCGAUAAUCAGCGUGCAGUGGUUCAGGUUAAUAACUCCCAGCAGACAACUAACUCUACUGGUGGACAGAGCCCUGUCAAAUUUGUGACUAUACAAGAUGAACAUCAACAGGCACCAGCAACACAAAAUGCAAAUCCUACAGCGUGUUCUAUUGGAAACCCACAGCAAACACUGAACAAUCAGUUAUCUCUGAAUAAUAUGAAUCCUAGUGUGCCUCAUCUAGUGCCAAUUCCCUCUAACUCCAUUGCGGUUCAUCCGGGAUCAUCACAUGGUCUUCAGAUACAAGCAGCGGGAACUACUGGGAGUCACGGUCUUUUGCCUGGAAGCAUCAUUCAGAAAGUGCACACCAUUCAACUCACUCCUCAGAAUCAGAAGCAUUUGAAAGCAAUACAGAUGCAGAUCCAGUCUUAUAUAACAAAGAAGACACUUAUUCCAAAUGACCACGUGUUGCAACAAUUAUUUGAAGAGCAGCAGAGAAUUUUAGCAACUGGGAUACUUGUUCCUACUAUUCCUGGGCAACAUGCACAAGGCUUGCAGUUUGUAACCCCACAAAGCACACAGUUACCAGCUGUAAGGUAUCACCAUCAGAUUGGAAAUCAGAUUAUACCUCUCACCCCGUCGACUCCUCCAAAAAAUCCGAGCGGUGUAUCUGUUCUUAACUCACUUGCUGCCUCUCCAAAUCUUGGUGUUAGUAACUGUUUUACCACUGAUUUUACAUUCACCGCUAAUGCUUAUGCUGCUGCUGCUGGUUUUGCUGCUGCUGCUGUUGGUAAUACUAACACAGUUGUUUCAACAUCUGCGAACACCGUAACCUCAACUACCCUUGCUUCUACAGUCACCUGCUCUACCAUAAACAUUAAUACAACUGCCUCGGCUACAGCAACUAGCAAUUUAUCCACUGUGACUCCAGUGACCACUAUUGUAGAUACCACCAAUAGUGCUGGCAACAGUGUUGUCACAAGCUCUCACGUGAUUGCCAAUAAAUUAACUAAUUUCAAUUCAAAUAUAAAUGAUGAUAAAAAACAGCAGCAGCAACAACAACAACAACACCAACAGCAGCAGCAGCAGCAGCAGCAGCAGCAGCAUCAUCAACAGAAACAGCAGCAACAGCAACAACAUCCUCAAAAACAGCAGCAACAGCAGCAGCAUCUGUUGCUGGUAGAUGUAUCAGCACAAAUCAGUUCUCACAUUACUAGUGGCAAAGUAACAGAUGCAGAGUCAAAGUUGCAUUUGCAGCAGUCAAAUUCAUCCGGUACGUUACAACCCCAGCUGCCUCGUCACAGCCAUCACCACCAUCACAACCAUCACCACCACCAUCAUUAUCACCACCACCACCAUCACCAUCACCACCAUCCAAACCUCCCUCAUAAUCACCCUGCCAAUCAGCAACCUCAUUUACAACAGCAGCAGCAACAGCAGCAGCUUCAGCAAUCUGUUGUGCCAGUACUGCACGGAACAAAAUCGUCAGCAGUUUCUGAAAAAGGAACGUCACCAAUCCAAGUACAGGUUGGAACACAGACAUGCAUGCCACCAGAAGAAUUUCCUCAAACUUCUGCACAUAUGAGUAACAGAACAUCUUGUAAUGGAUCACCGAAUGGCCAGCAGUGUACAUCAAACACAUUUCUGCCAUUAAACAACAAUAAAUCUGCACUUACCUCUAGUAGUAAAAUUCUACCUAAUCACACAUCAGCAGCACUAAAAUCCGUACCAAAUACUGUGUUUACAAAUGGCAGCAAGUCUCAUGCAGUAUCAUGUGCUGGUGGACCAAAGCCCCAAGCGAAUUCCUCUCCUGCAUCUCCACCACGUGGUACUAAACGUUCUGCUACAAGUCCGUUGCGGUCUAUAAGCAGAAGUGACCUCAUUGAACAUCAGCUGAAAACUGAUCAAACUGAAGCUUCAAUGCCUGAUGUGCAGACACCUUUUUCAAGUUCUCGCGAUGCAUGUAAGCGCCUUAUUCGGUAUCACGUGUAUAAUGAAAAGGUUUUGAGCCAGAAAGAUUUGGAGAAAGCUGAUGAAAUAUUUGAAGCAACUGCGAAACAUCUGUUAGAUAAAUUUCGGCAAAUGAUGAAUAAAUACAACUAUUUGCUGUUGAUGGAGAGCAUGCGUGAAGUAAACACAUCAGAAUUGAUAAUGAUUGAUCGGAUGUUUGUGGCAGAGGAACAUAAUAUUCUGGAGAAGCUAAAGGAAGAGGAACAGAAGGCAAAAGAAGAACCAGUGACAGCAGAUGUAACAGCUUUGAAAACUGAGCCUGCAGUUGAUAGCCAGAGCUGCAGGUAUCUGAAUUCCGAUUUAGCUGACAUUAGAGAUGUGCGAGUAGUCAUCCAGGAUGUCAUGAAAAAUGAAUCAAUAAAGAGAGAGUUGGAAGAAGACAAAUUCACUGUCAUAAAGAAGGAAAAGUUGGACUUCGAUAUAGACAGUGAUGAAGCGAUGCCAGUGGAGCAGUCUACAUCAGCACUUGUUCCGAAGGUAGAUCAGAAUUAUGAUGAAUGGGAAGAAAUACAAAAGGAGCUAGGAGUAUUUUGUCCCACCUCUCAAUCUUCGUGUGCGCUUCAGGAGACCACUGUUGUUGUAAAAUCUGAAGAAAAUGAGAAUGUAGACAGUUGCUGCCGCCAUAUUAAAAUGGAAGCUGAUGAUGACGUGUCACACGGAUUAAAAAAUUUAGAUCCGUUGAAUUGUAGGACUCCUGAGUACAACAGGACUCACGAUAGUGUUCAGAACAUUUCUACAGAUGCGUUAAAAUGUGAACCUAACUCUGAAAAUAUGGACACAGUGCAAAAGUCCUGUGAUAGUGCAUCAAAUGGUGAACUCUGUGAUCUCUAUAACCACAAUAUUCCUAAAUCUGUUACUUCAGAUACUGAAAUUCCAGAAGAUCCAAACUGGGAGAAAAAGUUAGGAGUGGUGUCGGGGGGUCUCAAAAGUAGGUGCUCUAGAGAAAGAGUGGCUGGGGAGAGUGAGCCAUUGAAGUAUUUGAGCCAGUGUGUUGUGAACAAUUUAAGUAGUGAUGUUGAAGUGCAAAAGAAAGACAGGCGAGAUAUCUGUGAUACCACUGACAGUACCACAACUUUUGUGCACAAAAGAAAACGCCACAAACAUGAUACUCAUUUUGUCAGUGAACGUAUUAAAGGACUGUCUAAUGUGAUACGUGGAAAUAGGAGUUUUUGUGAAAGUGAACAGGAAAACGAUGACGAGGACGAUGAUGAUGAGGACGAUGAUGAUGAUGAUGAUGACGACGACGAUGACGAUGAUGAUGACGAUGACGACGAAGAUGAUGAUGAUGAGGAGGAGGAGGAGGAAGAGGAGGAGAAAGAAAAUGAUGCUUUAAAUGCUCAAGUACAAAGUGCUAUCGAUAGCAUACUGAAUCUGCAACGCUCAGAAGACGGCUACGAAUUACCAUCUGCGAGUGUUGGUGCCGUGAGUGAUGUGAGUGUACUCAACCUGCCGGUAGAUGUAAACUCUGAAGAAAUAGAUCACAAAUAUUCUAGGAAAGUUGCUGAAGAUAAAUUAUUUUCGGAAGAGAGAAGUACAAAGCUUCUUAAGUGUCAAAAAAGGACUACAGCAUCAGUUGUGAAUUCUUGUGUUAAUUCUCCAGUGUCCAUUGAGUAUAGUGGUGAAACAGAUCCUUUCAUAAAUAGGAACUCUACCAUUGUUAUUACUAAUGGUGGUGGUAUCGAAGAAGACAGCAGUGGAAAUGGUGAUGCUGCUUUAGAUGAGGCUGUAAGAAGUAUAUUGACAUCCUGACCUUUGCAAAGCAUGACACAGCCUUUGCUGACCUUUGCAAAUGCACCACUGACUUCCAUUCUCAGCUCAAAUUGGUCAACUUUUUGCUAAGUUGAGUCAUUAUUUUAGAAUAAAUUCAUUAUAAUGUACAUUCUUCUAUAAAAAUGUCAUUUAAGCACAAAUUCUUCACUAUUCUAAAACAUAAAUCAGUAUUUAUUUUAAUAGUGAAAAUUGACCACCUAUGAUCUGUGAGGAAGUCUGUGACAGGCAGUCAGUCAAGCUUCGUUUAACAGCUCUAAAGUGUAAAACCAAUCUUUUGCAUAAAUAUUAUGCUCCAGCAAUGAAAACCUGCAGGUUUUGUUGUUUUUAUUUUAUUGGCAAUUUGUACAUUACUGAACAAUAUUUAAUUCUUGAAAACAUAUUAUGGCUAACGUUUCAAAUAAUGAUGUCAUCUAUGCUGGCCAUAUUUGUGUAGAAAGUAUGGUAUUACACUGUUUACUUAGAUUUGUUUGAUUCAACAGGGAAGUUUGUGUGUUUGAGAGAGAGAGAGAGAGAGAGAGAGAGAGAGAGAGAGAGGUAAUCACAUGGGUGAACAUUAAACUGCACACAUUAAUGCUGGAACCCAUGUUUGCGAAUCUGCUCACUGUUUGGCAUUUUGUAGCAUUGUUAUUUCUUAUGUGAAUGGCAGUUAAUAAUAAGUUGGUUUUAAAACUUAAGUAUUACCGGUGUUCUUGCAGUGGGUGAGAAACAUGUUUUAUAUUUGUUUCCAGAAUGUAAUCUAGUCAUUAUCAAUAGUUUCAUGUGGAGUGAUUCCUGAACUUCCAGUAAGACACUGUUACCAUAACUGUUUUGUUGCAGUGCUAGUACAGAUACAAAUGACUGUGUAGGUAGAUGUCACUUCUGGAUCAGGUUUUGUCUUCUUUGUUCUUAGGCAGAAUAUUAGUGCUGAGGUUUUAUGAGAUUCAUACAAAAUGUCCAUAUUGCAUGCGAUAGAGAAUAGUUUCUGUAUCUAGAGAAAGUUUGCCUACAGGUUACAAAUAUUGUUUGAACAGCAGAUGGAAUAUAGAGCUGGAAGCUGUGUGUCAUCACAUUCCUUGGUUUUUGCUCAGAGUUUAAGACAAUUAUAUUGAGGAGUACAUACAUGUGCCAUCCAAUAGUCACAUUUUGGACAUACAACAUGAGGGUGGUGCUGAAGUGCAGUACUGUACCCCUCCCAUUCAGCAUACUGUAAUUUGUGGCCUAUAUGUUGUUUUCAAAUAAAGCCACUCAGAUAUUUUCUUUAAGAUGAAUACUCAAACAUUCAUAUCAGUUGUAAAAAAUCAUUUUGUAGCUUUAUCACAGAAGGAAUAAUAUGGUGUCAAAUGAUACACAAGAGAAUUAAACAGAUUGUCUUUAAGGUAAAAAAAACUAACUCUAUGCAUAUAUCAGUUAUUUGUCCAUAUUGGUUAAAUCACUGUUCAGCAUAGUCAGCCUGUUCUAUCAUGCAAAAGUGGCUAUUCAAAGGACAGAACAUUAUAGCCCAAGCUAAGAAGAACCCAUCUUUUAUUAAAUAAAUUGAACAUGUAUACGUUUUUCUAUGCUUUCAAAGGCAUAGAUUAUUUAUCUCUACUGCAAUCUAAUUAAUAUUGUAAAGUACUGAAUAUUGUUCUUUUUUGUAAUGUAGAGUAGAGAAAAUAAAUAUAUCUUUUAUUUGUCUAGAUCGCAAUUUAUUAAGUAUUAGUGGUUUUGAUUGUGCUAGCAGUCAUCGGAUCUUACAUAUAGUGUUGAAAUUUGGGCAGUGCACUUCUCUGAUGUGUCGAGUAAGAUGGCGUUUUAAGUUUCUUCUGGUUGACUUAACCCAGAUCCAGAUGAGCUAUGUUCACCACAGGGCUUACUCUCACAAUCUUGUGUCACACACAUCUGUUCUCUUGUGAAGUGUUUCUGUCAUAUUGCUCAUAUGCUUCAGGUUAAGGGUUACAUGCUACCGUUACUGUGCCCUUGUUUAUACUGUGUGACAUCAUCGAAUUUUGUAUAACCCUAAGUUUAACACCAGUGGAUGUUUAAUUACUUUAUCAGUUCAUAGCACCACACUGUAAAACAUAAUCAUGGUUGUUUACAGUUUACAGUGUGAUGGUGUGCUUUGACAGAGUAAUUAAAUAUCUACCAGUGUUAAAUCAAGCAUUUUGCAAAGAUCAAUAUCACACAAAACAUAGCUUUAGCUGUGCCCUUGUUUAUUCUGCGCGACCUCAUUGAUCUUUUAUACUGCUUGAUUUAAUGCUGGUAGAUAUUAAAUUGCUUUGUCAACAUAAACCAGCACACUGUAAAAUGUAAAGAACCAUGGUUAUGUUUUACGGUGUGAUGUUAUGAUUUGAUAGAAUAAUUAAUCAUCCACUAGCGUUAAGUGGAGGGUUAUGCAAAAAUCAGUGAGGUCACACAGCAAAUGCUGCAUGUAAUCCUGAACCACAAGCACACAAACACUAUGGUAGAAAUACUUCACAUGUUAAAGUGGAAAUAUGUUUGUCUCACAAGAUUGUGAGAGGAAGCCCUAUGGUAAACAUAGCUCGUAUGGAGACUGGCAAAACAUUUUCACAAAAUUUGAUCUUACUCAAUACAUCAGAGAUGUACACUGCCCAAAUCUCAACCUUGUAUCUAAUAUGAUUACUAUCACAACCGAGACCAGUAAUAUCAUUUUAUAAACUUGUGAUCUAGACAAAUAAAAGUUAUAUAAAAAAUUAAGGUACGUGUUCCACAUUCUUGAUCAUGUCAAACAUAGUUGGAGUAGUGAAAACAUUCAAAUGAACUUAUAAUAGUGGUUCCUUUCUCCUAACUAAGUGGCUAUGCAACUGAUGGCGAAUUCUUUGGAUCAUUGCUGUGAUGAUAGUUGCUUAUCUUUAAGAUAUUUAAUGAUUAUUUUUGAAGAUGAUUCCCUCAAAUUGAAAACAAAUUAUUACAGUUCCUUUGGUGAAGACUCUGGACAUGUACUCAGGAGAAGUGAGGCUUAAAUCCCUUUCUGUUCAUCCUCAUUGAGGUUUUGUAUUUUUUAUGUUAAAUCACUUCAAACAAAUGUCAAAGUAGUUUUUUAAAUGCGACUGUGGUGAAUUUCUUUCCACUUGCCCAAUACGAGCUAUUUCUCUACUUCUAAAGGCCUAGAUGUCAAUGGAACAUAAAAUUUGAACAUUCCUUUUGUAUAUCAAAACCAUCAGACAUGUUCUGUUACAUUAUAUUCAUUAUGGGCAAGGGAAAAGUUUCAAAAAUAUUACUUCUGUCUCCACUGGGUGUUUCCUUAGUAACUGAAUUUUUUUUUGGCAGUUAUUGCAGCAUUGUUUAAAUAUAUUAUGGAGAAAGGUUUCAAGUUCAUCCUUAAAACAUGUUGCACUUUGAAGGUAUCAAGAUGACUUGCAUUGUGUUAUUUAACUAUGGCAGUCAAACAUUUAGACCCAAACCUUUGUCCAUGCUCAUUAAAUAUUUGUCUCCUGUAUUGCAUUAAAACUAAACAUACAGUGUUUUGCCAUCGUUUCAUAGGGAUGCCUAGUACCUGUACUCAUAUGUCAAAAAUGUAUUUUAUUUUAUCUUCACUAACUUACUUAAAUCCAGAGACAGCUGGUGAAUUUUUGCUUUCACCGUUUCAUGUCCAGAGUGUAUAGUCACACUAAAUGUUAAAAACAUCAAUAGUGACAUAAUUUUAAAUGAGGAAAAGUGUACAAGAGAUGAAUUUAUCCAGUUUGAAAUUAAUAGCAUUGUUUGGCUUAGAACCUGCUGGUUUUGUCUUUGUGUGCUUAUGAUAUACUGUGUCAGUCAUGGGGAACAAAUUUGAUGUCCUAACUCAUUUUUAGAUAUUCCUCUGUAGUUGUAUUUGUAGCACUGCAACAUUCAGUUCACGUAAAUGUAAAACUUCAUCAGUGUAACAGGCUUGACAGCAUCUUCUUCUCAGUAUUCAGCAGUCUUUUGCAGGAAUGUAGAUACUAUUAGUACACCACAUUCACUCUGUAAGAAAGUGGAGUAAUCCAAAUGCCAAUCACAAUUUAUGCCGUUCACAUUUUUUUAGUCUGUUUAUUUACUGUGGUUGUUGAUUUUAUAGAUCUCCCCCCCCCCUUUCCCCAGUAAAUUUAGCUUCUUAUGUUCUCCUCUCUUUGUAAUUAUUCUUGGAAUACUUUCUUAUUUUAUUUCUUAAAUAAAAGAAAAUGCUGCAAAAUGUCUGGAAUCUUUUAAGUACAAAAGUAUAUGAGGCAUUGGCAGAGGAGCCAGAAUGAUUUAUAUGUAACACUUACUGCUCCUGAAAUUAUGUACUCUGGUUCUGAACAGGAGCUAAUAUAUAUUAUAUAAUAAUGUGAUGCAAAAGUGUUGUGAUUUUUGCUGUGUAAUAUUGUUACUUAAGUUUAUGUAUUAAAUUCUUUCUUUACUUUCAAGAAAAUGUAUUUCCUGAUUACACAUAUUGAAAUCAGUAGUAGCCAGUUAAGUGAUUGAUAUUCAGGAUUACCAGACCACUGAUGUAAAAUCUGAGGUAAAUGUUUGGAGACUGAUGACACUGUUUUUACCUUGUACAUUUGUUUGUAUAUCGUGUAGAGAACUGCUACUACAGUGUUUAAGUACCCAGUGUUACAUACUGCACAAGAAGUAAUCCAUGAGGUAAUAUAAUAUGUGGUCAUUUUUACAUUAUUUGUUGUAUGUAGUUAAUGAUUUUUCAAUGAGAGGCACACUUAAUUUUCUGUGGUAAGGAGAAGGUUGCACCAUUUUUAAUGCACUAUUGUGUUGUUUCAUAGUGAAAUGAUUAUGUCUCUAUUAUAAACUUUGUGAUCACAAAUAUUUAAGACAGGUUAUUUGUAGUAUUUUGACUAAUUAUUUGCUGCUCAUAAUUCUGCGGUAGUUCAGUUUGUCAGUAUGAUGGGAGAUGUGCCUGUUUAUAUAUAGAACACUUUUCCCUUCCUGGGUAGUAAGUAGUGGAGGGCAUUGGCCUUUCAUUAUGUAGUAAAAGUGUUGUGUUUCUCCAAAUAGUUUGUUCAAUAUGUGCUGUAGUGCAGAAAUAUUUAUCAUAAAUAAGAAAUUCCUGAGUGUUCUCACUUUUGAAACUUUUUCAGUUUUUAGUUGAAAUUCAUUGUUGGUAAUCCCAUCAUUUAAUUUAAUUCAUUGUUGGUGAUGCCAUCAUUUAAUUUUAUAAGUUCAUAUUUAUAAGUGCUUUAACACACUUAUUGUGGUAGUAGAGACCACUUCACAUAACUAACUUGAUUAACAGGUUGUAUAGCUAGAAUGAAAAUGGUGCAUCCUCCUAACCAAACCUCUGUUGAUUUUAAAAUUAUUUAUCCCUGCAACAUUUAAUUUUGUUUGUGGCAGCAUAUAAAGCAGAUAACGAGACACAAAUGCACUGCUUAAAUAGGCGAGUGUGAUUUAGAAAUUAGUACUGUAUAAUGCACAGCCAUCCCACUUCUAGAAGUUUAAGACUUUUUAAUUGAUCAUUAGUCAUCAGCCUUCUUUCAAUUACUUCAGUGUAAGUGAGUCCCCUUUCUGUUGGCAAAAGACUGAGAUCACUUGCAUAAGAUAUCAUUUUGCAAGCUCACUCAAGUGCUUAGAGAAAUUGGCUGUACAAUGAAAUAUAUUUUUUUCUGGUUCACACUUAAUAAUCUGAUAUAAUUGUAUGAAUGUUGUUGUACACUGCAGCAAUUCCAUGUGUGCAUAAAUGUAAUUGAUAUAAUUAUUGGUUCCUAUGAAAAUUCUGUAAAUAUAAGAUUUGUGGAACAUGCCUCGCCAAAUUUGAAGCCUAGAUAAUGUACGGUGUUUUGUAUUUCGGGUAACUGCAAGUCCAAGCUAAAUGUGUUUAUCCACAUUGUACAUUGGGAACAGUGUAGAAACUGUGUUUUAAUUUAUGGAACUGGGCAUUUGUAGAUAGUAUUUAUUUAUUACCUGCCAGUCAUUUUUCAGAGUGAUAAAACUAUUUUACUCAGACUGUAAUAUUUGUAUGUAUAAUUGUGUGCAUAUGUAUAUACUUAUAUAUAGAUAUACAUACACACACACACAUAUAUAUAUAUAAAUAAAAGUUUAGAUUUUGGAGUGCCCAGAUGCAAAUAAUUGUGUGUUAAUAUUUUAAAUGUGUUUCUUAUACAUUUUUUCAAUUAAAUUAGUAAUUACAAGAACUGAUAACAGUGUUGGGGUCAUACAUUUGAUCUCUGUUUAUUGCUUGGAAAUUGUAUUAUUUAAUGUACAAAGUGAGAACAUUUUAAUCCAUGCAAAAUAUUUAUGAAAAUAAAUAGAGAUAUCAAUGUUGUAGGAAUAUUUUUACAAAAACUUGAAAAAUGUUCAUUUAUUUUUACUUUCAA